UCAAAUAUUGAGCUCAAGAAAAAUCUAAAAUAUUACGGAGUAACUAUUCAAUGUAGCGAUCGGGGCAUCGCCCGUGCCACACACUAGUUCACUACUAAUACUAAGGUGUGUGAAUGAUUGUCGAUAGUUAGUUUUACACUAUUACUCCAUACAUGCAAACUAGCUUCCGCACAAUCUUGCUCAACCAACGUGAGACUGUAGAUCACACUAUUUUUAAAUGCUACUAGUCAUUUAUUGUUAAGAAAUACUAUUUAGUUAGACAUACUCGAGCCUAUUCGCCGAGUCUAAGAUAACUUGGGCUUGACUCGUUAAGAUCUCGACUGAACAACUCAAGUCGAGCCCGCUCGAACCGAGCUUUGACCAAACUUUGCCGAGCCUAGCCGAACAUCGAGCAGUCCACGAACAGGCUCGGCUUCGUUAACACCCCUGGUUAUGCCAAUGGUAAAACAUGGAGUUGGGUGGAAUAUAAAAAAUAUCAAAAACACAAAAAAAAAAAAAAAAAAAAACAGUUUCAUUAGGGCUUCUCACGCCUCUCUCUCGUAAUCCGGCGAGGUCUCCGUCAUCGGUGAAUUCUCCUUCUCCCGCCGUCUUAAUGCAGAUCAUCACAUGUCAGGCUAGAACCUGGCUAAGGCUUUGGCGCCGUUGCCGGUCAAUAUCAACAAUUUCGAAUCAUUUGCAGGCUUCAUCAAAUGGCUUUGAGUUUGAGCACAAGGAUAAAAAGGUGGAUAUUGAGAAUCUAUUCAGGCUCUGCCACAGUUCACAUGUUGUUAAGAGAGUCCAUGCCCUUCUUGUUGUCUCUGGUACAACUCACAGUAUAUAUGUUAGCACUAGGCUCAUCAAUCUUUAUGCUCGUCACGGGGACUUGGCUUUUGCUCGUAAAACUUUUGGCCAUAUCCGAUCAAAAGAUGCUUACACUUGGAAUUCAAUGAUAGCUGCGUAUGUGCGCACUGGCUGUUGCAGUGAAGCUUCGAGUUGCUUCAAUGAGCUGAUAUCAUCAGGUGAGGUUCCGCCUGAUAAUUACACCUUCCCUCCUAUCCUGAAGGUUUGUGAGAGCCUUAUCGACGGAAAGAAAAUCCACUGUAGGGUUCUCAAAGAUGGUUUCAUUUGGGAUGUGUUUGUGUCUGCUUCCUUGAUUCAUAUGUAUUCCAGGUUUGGUUUCGUGGCUGAUGCACAAAACCUUUUCGAUAAUAUGCCGUUCAGGGAUUCGGCUUCUUGGAAUGCCAUGAUUUCUGGAUUUUGUCUGAACGACAAUGUGGAAAAAGCACUAGACUUUGUCAAUGAAAUGAGAUUGAAGAGCAUACGUUUGGACCCUGUAACUGUCGCUAGUAUUCUUCCUGUUUGUGCUUUUCUUGGUGAUUUCUUAAGUGGCAUUAUGAUUCAUGUAUAUGUCAUAAAGCAUGGUCUAGAGCAUGAAGUGUUUGUUUGCAAUGCUUUGAUUAAUAUGUAUGCAAAAUUUGGUUAUCUACAGCACGCACAGGAAGUUUUUGAUAAGAUGUUAGUUAAAGACAGAGUUUCAUGGAACUCUAUUAUUUCGGCAUAUGAGCAAAAUGAAAACGGUAAAUCUGCUAUAAGAUAUUUCAGAGGGAUGCAGUGUCAUGGACAACAGCCUGACAUAUUGACGUUAGUUAGUCUUGCUGCAUGUGUUGCUCAACUAGGGGAUUGUCAAAAUGGCAGAUUGCUUCAUGGGUUUAUUAUAAGGAGAGCUUAUCUUAUGGGCAAUAUUAUCAUGGGAAAUGCUGUUGUGGACAUGUAUGCUAAAUUAGGGAUCUUAGAUUAUGCACGGAGGGUUUUCCAUGAGAUGCCUAGAAAAGAUAUUAUUUCAUGGAACACUUUGAUCUCGGGUUACUCUCAAAACGGCCUUGCAAGUGAAGCUACAGAAGCAUUCUCUGAAAUGGAGUCCUGCGUGGAAGUAACUCCCAACCAAGGAACCUGGGUUAGUGUGCUGCCUGCUUAUUCACAUCUAGGGGCUUUGCAACAAGGUAUGAAAAUUCAUGGUCGUGUCAUUAAGAUAUCUCUUCACUUGGAUACAUAUGUUGGUACCUGUCUAAUUGACAUGUAUGGGAAAUGUGGUAGAUUAGAUACUGCAUUAUCCUUAUUCUAUGAGAUUCCAAGGACGAGCUCUGUGCCUUGGAAUGCGAUUAUAUCCAGCCAUGGGAUCCAUGGGCAUAGUGAGACAUGUCUAAAACUCUUUGAAGAAAUGCUACAGGACGGUGUGAAUCCAGAUCAUAUCACUUUUCUAUCGUUAUUGUCCGCUUGUAGCCAUACAGGACUUGUUGACAAAGGUCAAUGGUGCUUCCAUAUAAUGCAAGAUAAAUUUGGAAUCAAGCCUAGUUUGAGGCAUUAUGGGUGCAUGGUAGAUUUGCUUGGCAGAGCUGGGUUGCUAGAGAAGGCAUAUAAUUUUAUCAAUGAUAUGACUGUGCAGCCAGAUUCUUCUGUUUGGGGUGCUCUGCUUGCUGCUUGUCGAACACAUGGAAAUGUUGAAUUGGCGAAACAUGCUUCUGAUCAGUUAAUUUCCAUUGAUUCAGAAAAUGUAGGAUACUAUGUUUUGAUGUCAAACAUUUAUGCAAAUGUUGGGAAAUGGGAAGGAGUUAAUGAGAUGAGAUCAUCGGCUUUGGGCAGAGGAUUGAAGAAGACUCCAGGUUGGAGUUCUGUUGAAGUGGGCAACAAGAAUGAUGUUUUCUACACUGGAAACAAGUCUCACCCUGAGCAUGAGCAAAUCUACCAUAAGUUGCACGCUCUAACUGAUAAAGUAAAGAGGCUAGGGUAUGUUCCAGACUACAGUUUUGUGCUACAGGAUGUUGAGGAGGACGAGAAGGAGCAUAUUCUUUCAAGUCAUAGUGAAAGAUUGGCUAUUGCAUUUGCGCUUAUUAGCACUCCUUCAAAAAGUGUGAUAAGGAUAUUUAAAAAUUUGAGGGUUUGUGGAGAUUGCCACAAUUGGACCAAGUUUGUUUCCAAGAUUUCUGAGAGGGAAAUUAUUGUGAGGGAUUCUAACCGUUUCCAUCACUUCAAGGAUGGGUCUUGUUCCUGUGGGGACUAUUGGUGAAGCUGAUGAACAAACACUUGUUUAUGUCAGUUUCCACUCCCAUUCUGCUGGUUCAUAUUCAGAUUCAUUGCCACCUUUUUCGGUGUAUUGCCGCAAAGGAUAAUGGUGUAGGUGGGAUAUCAUCCAUGGUCUAAGUUACCACAUCGCAAGACUUUGCCAUUCACAUUGGCACAUAUUUGCCGAUUGAUUUAUUUAGAGGAAUUAAGAGUUUUCUUCAUACACUGAAGACCACCUGCAGUUUAAACUUGUUUUUAUCAUCAAGCAAAAGAUCCCCGCCCCACCAGCAAUUGUAGAAAAGGAGGGACCGACAUCAGCCCCUGUGAGCUCCGAGGUUAAUAGGAUGGAUAAUGGAGUGGAUUUUGGAUCUGAUGUUGGUAGUGAUCAGCAGAAUUUGGUGGGGGAGUCUAAUUAUGAAGUGGAUCAAAUUCAAGGGUAUGUUAAUUAUGAUGCUUAUAGAGGAAGUUCAAGUGGGUAUGAGGGUUAUGAUAGCAGCAAUUGGUACAAUGCUGCUUCAUCUGGGGAAAUGACUUCGACGGCGGCGGUGAGAGGAGUAGACUAGUAGAGGACUUCGCUAGUUUGGGUGGGAGGAGAAGAAAGGAUCAAUUGCCAGCAGAAAUUAUUGAGGUGAAGCAAGAUGAAUUGAUGAAGAAUCUCCAAAGGAGGAUAAAUCUAAGUUAACUGGAUUAGCAUUUGGACCUUAUCAGGAACUAUGAAGUCUUUGUUGUGUUAAAGGCCUUAACCUGAACCAUAUCUUCAUAUGGACCGUGCGUACCUUUUAACCUUUUUAGAGCUUGUGCAAUAAUCCUGGAUCUGCAAAAAGGUUGUCAUGGUUAAUGGGCUAUUCAAUGUUGCACCGGUUAUCGGUUAUCGGUUAUCAUUAUGCUGAUGUUGAACAACCUUUGUGCUUAGUGUAUAACAAAGACGAAAUAUACUUGCUUCGCAUUUGCUGAAUGCUUUGUCACACAUUAAAUUCACGAUUUGUGGGCCACUCUCAGAGGCGUUACUUUGGGUUAUGCCGAAACUUAGUAUCUUGGAGUGCUGUCUGGAAAUUCUAUAGUGUCUUGUGCCACAGGUUAGGACCCAUUUACUGUUGAGGGAACAGUAGAUUAGUUAUCUUAUUGAUGCUUACCUAUUCCUUUCCUUUUCUCUUAGGUUGGUCAAAAGAGGUAAUGUCGUAUUGGAAACAUUUGAAUGCCUUGUGUAGUGCGUUGUAGGUUAGGAUUUGGGACUGAUUUUUCUAUUGAUAGCUAAAUUUGCAGAUCGUAGAGGAAAUAGAAAUAUAUGGGUAUGUUGUUUUCAGUUGUCACGGAUGAUUGAGAGUUUUGAUUCGUAUCAAUGAUUUGAUACUUAUAUUGGUUCUCUUUUAUUGGGCUGAACUAAGGAAGUAAAUAGGGGAUUGGAAUCGAAUACUGUUUAGGUGGUUGGGUCCUUAGGAUUAGAAUAGUAGGACACUGAAUAUAGAAGUACGUUUCUGAUGGUUUGAAUAAUUCCUAUAUUUUGUACGGAUUAUAGUCAUCUUGGUUGUCCAUUUCCAAUGGAGCCAAAGGUUCAUUUAUUCUUUUGGCUGUGGGAUGUAAUGGACUAAAUCAAAAUGGCUCUUACUACCUCUUCGCUUCCUUUCCAUGAAGUAGAAAAUGGUCGUCCCUUGUCGUCCCGUUAUCGCUUUUGGGUUAAUUGGAACAACCUCUCUGCAAUUGCAGGGGUAAGGUUGCGUACGUCCGACCCCCCCUUACCUCGCUUCUUGCGGGAGCUUCUUUGAGGCAAUGGGGUAAUGAUAAUAAUAAUGAUGAUAUAGUCACCUUGGGUCUGGAUGCGUCCAUGUGGGCUUCUUCUGGAGUAAUCUUGUCUGGUUUGAGAUCAUGUUUGUCGCCAGAAUUUGGGGAGCUAAACCCGGCCAGUGUGGAGAAAAUUGGGGAAGUAAUAUUGUCAGGUUGAUAACGAAGGGAACUUACUGAAUUUGAGGUUCAUCAAACUGAAGAUUUCCUUUUUUUUUUUUGUUUUUUUUGAGGUUCAUCAAACUGAACUUACUGAAUUUGAGGUUCAUCAAACUGAACUUACUGAAUUUGUGAUCUCAACUUCUAAAUAA